AUGAGCACUAAGGUCACUAUCAAGAAUGCCGGAAAGACGUACACGUUCGAAAUAGGUGGCAAUGACACUGGGAUCGACUUAAAAAAGAAGAUUCAAGAACAAACCAUGAUUCCACCAGAAAGACAAAAGAUCUUGGUCAAGGGAGGCAAACUAAACGAUGAUACGCUAUUAUCAACUUUAGAUUUUAGUAAACCAGUAAUGGUUUUGGGUACACCUGACAAAUUGGCAGCACCGGUUGAGAAACCCAAAUUCAUUGAAGAUAUGGGAGAUGUGACUAAAGUGGACAAUAACCCUGUUGGUAUCCCAAACUAUGGAAAUACAUGUUACCUUAACUCAAGUUUGCAAAUUCUUUAUCAAAUUGAUGAUGUGAGGAACAAUAUUCUGGAAUACAAGGGAACUGAUAAUUUCACCAUUGCAUUGAGAAAUACUUUCCAACAAAUGGAGAAGAAACAGGGCAGCGUCAACAUUGCUCUCUUUUUAACCAUUUUCAGAAAUGUUUACCCACAAUUUGCUGAACAAAGAAAUGGGAUUUAUGCUCAACAGGAUGCUGAAGAAGCAUUUUCACAAAUCUUGACUACGUUGAAACUGAAUUUGAAGAUUGCCGAUUUGUUUAAAAUUGAAUUUAAAGUAGAGACAAAGAGUUUAUCCAACCCUGGGGAAGAACCAGUGUUUGGUGUGGAAGAUGCCUUCAAAUUGAAUUGCCAUAUUGAUAUCAAGACGAAUUUUUUGAGAGAUGGUAUUCUUGGUGGAUUAACUGAAACCAUCACCAAGCAUAAUGAAGCAUUGAAUGCAGAUUCUGAAUAUGAAGUUUCGAAAAAGAUCACCCGAUUACCCAAAUUUUUAGUUGUUCAUUUCAUUAGAUUUUUUUGGAGGAGAGAUAUCAAUAAGAAGUCCAAAAUUUUAAGAAAAGUUCAAUUCCCGUUUGAAUUGGAUCUUUCAGAAUUCUUGGAUGAUUCAAUAAAGGAGGAGAAGAAUAAGAAUCGUGAUAUAAUUAGAAAAGUGGAAAAGGAUAAUUUGGAUAUAAAACGGGAUUUCAAAAAAGCUAAAAAAGAUAUCAUCAACACUGAGGAUGAAGAAUUGAAAAUUGCUUCAAUAAAGAGCAAGUUUCAAGAUGAUUUGUCGACAGCGCUUCCCGGAGUCAAUUUUGAAACAACUACUGAAAACCCAUCCUCAGUGUAUGAGCUCAAUGCAAUAAUAACUCAUAUGGGGGCUAGUGCAGAUGGCGGUCAUUACAAGGCUUAUGUAAAAGACGCUAAUGACCUCGAAGGUGAAAAUUGGUGGCUAUUCAAUGAUGACAAGGUCAGUUCGGUAUCGAGAGAAAAAAUUGCUACGUUAGCUGGUGGUGGUGAAAGUGAUUCGGCGUUGUUGUUGAUUUAUAAAGGAUUAGCGUUAUAG